GAAGUCCUGUAGUACUAUCGGUUGUCCUAUGUCUGCUCAAGCCUAAAAUUUGAACUUUCGAUGCAACAGUGAUUUUGUUUUAAUUGGGACACAAUUUGGUCAAGUAUCGAUAAGAAAGGUGAUCCCUUACGGUGAAAAAACACUUCUUCAUGUAAAGAAGGAAUGGUUGGUGAGGAACCACCAUGAGGAAAUGCGAACAGGUCCCAAACACUUAGUAUUCUCGUCCAAAGUGACCUUCGUGUUUAUAGUAAUUUUAUGUCUUCUGCAACUUCACGGGAGUUGUGCUAGUUUCUUGCCACCGGAAGGAGCACAUUUCUGUCGCGACAAUGGAAAGCAAUUGACGUUUACUACAAGAGGAGCUGAACAGACUAAAUUCUUCUCUGGCUCCUCUAUUCAUGGCUACAGAACUCUUUUACUAAACACAGACGAUUUAGACGCCUGUCUUGGUUAUUGCUGUAAGUUGGGAUGGUGCAAGCAUGCAUCUUUUGGAGAGGGCAAGUGUCAUGGGUUGUCUUGUAGUGGGGAUCAGUGCAGUGUCAGUAACUUCUUGGUCAAUCGUAUCAAGAAUAAAGACAACCAAGCCAAUGGAAAAUCGAAGGGAAAUCAGAAAUUGGCGGCCAGUGAAGCAUUUGAUCUGAGGAAGAAUUCCGCAGACCAUAAGUGCUUGAAGACAUCUAUCAUAAUCAACGUGACUUUAUCAGCUGGCUUCAAUUCAGGACAUUUUGUGGAUCAUGGGGAACUGGGCGACAUGUUGCUGUGUCAAAAACAUUGCUGUAAAAUGGCUCGCUGUGACGCGGCUUUUAUGGCGGGAAAACGAUGUUUCUCAGUCAGUUGUCAUAGUGAAGAGGCAUGCCAAUGGGUUCCUGCUUCGAAAGUGAAACACGCGUUACAGCUCUCUUACGUCACCAGCCCCCAUAGGAUUAAGGCGCAAGUCACAAAAGAUAUCACCAAAACUAAAAAAGUCGAGGUUUCUGGAUCUAAAGCCAAGAAUGGCCAUCAAAAAAGAGGUUUUACAACCUCUAGUGUUCCACGCAAAGUCAAAAGCUCAGGAAUUGCCAAAACAAACUCCAAGCCCGUGUCAAAAUCUCCAAAGCGCUCUUCUGUCCACACCAAGACCACUGCCUUGUCAGCUGUUUCGGGCAAGGUACAAGCAUCCAAGACUGAAGUGGCCCGACAUAGAACGACGUCUGUCGUUGCAAAGCCAGACAAACGAAAAGAGAAAUCUGCGCAUGCACGGAUAGGGCCACACCAUAAUAUUGCCAAGCGCUUAGGAAAGAAUCUAGUGAAACCUAACGAAACAAGCAAAGAGUUUUACUAUGGCCUUAACAAGAAACGUUCACCAGUACGCUCCAAGCAAGUGCACUCGCUGCGUAAGAAGAAUAAGAAGAUGCAAGCUAAAGAGAAUUUGAGUGUUAAAAAAUUGGUUCCAAUGCAAAGAAAAAAGAAUACUUUAAACCAUGGCAAGCGACAUAAUGAGAAGGUGAAGAAGAGCAAUGCUAAAAAGAAACAAGUGAAGAAAGAAUUUAAGACCACCAAAGUUAAAAAGACAAAAAAAGUACUCAAGAAAAAGUCAACAAAACACAGAUUUUUAAAACACUUCUCAAGAAAUCGUGUUGAAUCUCAAAGACAUAAAAAGCUUUCUUCCAUAAGCCGCAGUUCCAAACAUGUUUUCAAAGCAAAACACAAGAAAGUCAUUCCAAAGCAUCGCUCGACGCGGAAGAGUAGGCAUCACUCUAGGAAAGUGAAAGCUGGUUGGAAGAAACAUUCAACUUCGAGAAGCCAUAACUCACUUCCUAAAACUAAAAAGAGCAAAAAUACCAAAAGGAAAGGCAAAAAUGUUCACCACCAACAACAUCUUCAUCCCAUCAAGAAAAGCAGCAUCACUUCAGCUAUUUCUUCCAUCCAUGGAACUCCAGUUGUCCCAAGGAACAUUUCUUCUGCAACAUCUUGUCACUCUGGUAACAUCCUUUACAACCAUUCUUUACGUUACGGCAGGAAAGCAGGUAACUUCGUCUACGGGGGAGAAAUGACAGAGAUGAGUGAUUGCCUGGACUUUUGUUGUAAUGAUAUGCACUGCAGUCUAGCUUUGAUGAUUGGUAAAAGCUGCUAUGCAGUCGAUUGCGUGGGCACGUUUUGCCAGACCGUGCCAGUGAAUCACCUGCAAUUUAAUCCUAAAUUGGCCUUCGUCACCAGGUCUAAAGAUUUCCACCCCACCCUUGCAGUUUCGUCUCCUUCAAAACCUUACCCCACAACGGGAACGGUCUCUUACUAUGUUACGCUAAACGGACGUGAGAGGCCUCCCGGAACAGAUGGUGGUAAGGUAAAGGAUGUUGGAUCAGUUCGACCAAGCUAUACCGAUGUUAUUAAACGAACCAAGCCUCGUGUCUACCACAGUGUUUUACAUCCAAGCAAGAAAUCUAAAAACAAACAUUACAAACACAAAUACAGAAGCCAUAUAAAAUCACCGGCACCUGGUAGAGAACAUCGUAAAACGUUGAAGUCUGGAAUGUCAAAAGCUAGAUUGCGUUCUAAUGCAGCUCGAAGUGAACCUGCGGUUCGCCAUGUCAUUGUUCAUCACAUAUCUCACGAAAUUUCAAAGAUCCAUAACGUACACGCAAGACACCCUUACCACGACACAAAUGCUUCGUUAGAUGGUUUUGACCGCCUGGAUACGCUGUUGAAUCUGUCACUAAUACAUAAGCAACAUGCAGUUCAAGUUGCUAAGUACUUGUUCCAUAUCGGAAAACUGACGGCCAAAACUGGAUUAAACAUUGUAACUGCACAUCAACAGAAGCUAGCGAAUGUGCAGACAAUGAAAGAAGAGGCAAAGACUAACCAUGCCAUUGGGGUAGGUCGCCGUGUUGUUGGUAUUGGUAAAGAAAUCCUGUUGAGAGCCAUAAACCUAUUGAAGGCUGCUGUUAAAGAUGAAAGCACUACCACUGCUGUACACGAGAAUCAUGAAAAGAAAAAGUUGCCUAAAAAAUUUGAGUUGGUUGUUCCAGUAGUCAAGAUGGUAUCUUUAUGUAGUCACAGCCCAAUUCAUAAAGGACUUACUCUUCGUGGUGGUUUUCAUUCUGGAAAAUUCUAUGCUCAUGGCAAAGUGGAAAACAUGCAGGCUUGCAUCAAGCUUUGCUGCGCUCGAAAGAACUGUGAUUUAGCAUUUAUGGUAAAGAGUUUCUGCUACUCGGUUUCGUGUUACAAGCAUGAGAUGUGCAGARGUGUGACGGCAUAUCACGUGACCAAGUACCAUCCACAAGUUGCAUAUGUAUUUAGAGGGCAAAAAAAGACACCAAAGCAAAAAGAAAGCUCAACUUACUCGGAAACUGAGUCUUUGCCUACCCUUAUCGAUAAACAAGAUUCCAAGAGCAAGCUAAAAUCCGAUGUUAAUGACUACUCUGACCAUGUUAAAAAGAUUAUUUUGAAACUUACCGAUGACACCACGAUGGGGAAAGAAAAGACCAAAACACCAAAUGGAAAGGCACAUUCACAAGAUUUGCAUGAAGAUCUCCAUACCAAAAAAGAGUUUGAUAAUAGCAGCAAACAGUGCCCACAUUCAGAAGUCAUAAGCAACGCAAGCAUAUACCGUGGUUUACAAGCGGGAAACUACACUUACUAUGGCGACAACAAGACCAUGGAUAAAUGCAUCGAGGAAUGCUGUUCAUCAAGUAAUUGUGAUAUUGCUUUCAUGUUAGACGAUUCAUGUUACGGUAUUGAGUGCUGGACCGAAAACAUCUGCCGAACAGCGCCGAUCCGACAAAGUAAAUUCAAAACAAGUGUUGUUUUUAUUACUAGAAGAUUCAACAAACCAUUGUGGGGUACUCAAUCAUCGUCGGAUGCACAAGCAACGUCACAAAGCGAAGACCAUCCACAGAACUCAACUAGGUUGAAUAACUUUGAAAAUCAAGAAAAACAAACACUACAAGAAAAGAUGGACAUUGAGAGCACAGUGAACUUGAUUAGCGACGCUCUUAACAUUAAUGAUUCAGAAACGACUAGCGAUCAACUGUCUAAAGUAGAUAAACUCCUGGAACAGAAGAUUGUCCAUUUGGUCAAUGACCAUGAUCUUGAUGACACAACACACCAUCAGAUCCAGCUAGAAGAGGAACAAGAUUACAAAGCAACUGAAGAAGCGAUAGUUCAUAAACCGCAUGCUCAUUUCGAAAUGCAUGGCCAUAGCAAACAUUUCGAAGUCCAUGGCCAUAGAAAACAUGCUUCAGACGAGCAUAUGACACACCAUAAACAUCUGCUUGGACGAAAACACACACAUCAAAAAGAAAGUGGACAUCCGGAUUUCUAUGUUAAGAACAUUCCUUCCAUAUCAGAAGAAGAUCAAAUACAAGGCAAGAACAUCGUAAGUUACCAGCGUCCGAAGCUAAAAGACUUCAAGGGUGACCUUCUUUCAAAGUUUAACGCAAUACCAUCCCUUACAGAAACGGCUGACUAUGUAGCUUCAGGUGAAUCAGAACUGGACACUUACGAUAACGAAGCUCCAAUGCUCUCAUCCUCUGCUGCAAAUGUAGACGAGGGCUCUUCGGAUACAGAAGAUAUUAAAGUAUCUUUUUUAUCAAACAAGCAGUCCGGUUUGCCUCAUAACUCGGCGUCUUGGCAUAUCGGUACUGUCUCGGCAAAUGCAAUGGAUUCCUAUGAACCAAGCUCGGCUUUGGAACCCAACGAUAUGCAAGAUGUUGUUUUAUCUCUAAUUCCACACGAGAAGUUCAAUUCAACCUCAUCUUUAAUUGACCAACAAAAAUCUCCUGACCAAAAAGGCUCAAAAACUUUAUCUUUAAAUAACGGGCAGGGUGUAACAGAAAGCUCACUGCUACGAACUAGUGUAUCCUCUAAAUUAAUAAAUAUGCCAUGUUCGCCUACAUCACCUAUUGUAUUUGAUAAGUACCCUACUACUAGAUCGUCGAGACCAAGCGUAAGAAGAAACGCUGCAGAACCAACGUUAUCAGAGACAGCAACUUCAGAAACCGAAAUUUUCCACUCCGGAAAGACAGAAACCGUGAGUCGAGUUGAGAUGAUUGAAGACAUGUCUGGAAGUGGGACAUAUUACAAGGAAAUUCAAGAACCAGGGGAAAAGGAACAAACGAUACCUCGUCCUAAAGUUGGAAAAGUUGCCGUUAAAAUUACUUUACCUUCGCAAUAUUUAAAAAUUAAUAGAGUACAAGAAACGAGAGGAGAACCGCCGGAGUCGUAUACUGAAAAUUCAGGUGCAGAGAUGAAUGAAGAUGAAUAUAGUGGAAGUGAAAGUGGCGUGCAUGGUGAGACAAGAAGCACUCCUGAAAUAUCCCCAUCACAAUGCUAUGCUUCAUAUGUCUUUAAUAAUGCGACCUUAAAAGGAGGCUAUACAUCUGGGAAUUUUAGUUUCCUUGGGAAAUUCAAUUCGUCUGAUGACUGUCUGAUCGAAUGCUGUAAUUCAAAACAUUGCGACUUAGCCUUCAUGGUACUUGGAAGAUGCUUUGCUGUACGUUGCCGGAACGAUACAUUUUGUAUGCCAGUAAGAGCGCAUAAUUCAGAUCAAUAUAAACCCUUGAUAAUGUAUUUACCACGUUUUACGCAUUCAAGACAACUAUUCCCCGAUGCUAAGGACAAGGCAGGCGAAGCUGGAAAGAAACCUAAAGAAACAGAAGUGUCGGGUAGUGGUGAUGAGUAUUUUGAAACAGGGUCUGGUAACACUAGUCCAAAUGCGAAACUGAUAGGAAAUCGAGGCGAAGACCGUUCUUUUUCCUCUGCUACCAUUGUUUCAGAGGAGUCAGUAAAAGAUGUAGAUGGUAAAGAAACGAGUCCACUAAAUGACGUCGUGGACGGUAGAUCGCCAAAGAACUUGUUACCUCUGACCUCUGUUAGCUCUGACCAUACUGAAAUUAACCCAAGUUCAGUUAAGGGCAAUAGCAGUGUAUUGACUACUAGUUUGAGUGCAAGGAUUUUCAGCGAAACCACCCAUUCCAUUGAGAAUGCACAGUUCACAAACAAAGAUGCCCGUGAAUUUAAACUAGCUGGACUUAAAUGCGAGUUUGACAAAGUUCUUUAUAAUAUUACCUUGCGUGGAGGACGUCAAUCUGGUACUUUUAAACUUCUGGAGGAAACAAAAAACCUCACAUCUUGUACUCAGAAAUGCUGCCACCAUGAUGACUGUGACGUUGCACUCUUGCUGGAAAAUUACUGUUUCAUGGUGGCUUGUAAGAGUCGUUGGCUUUGUGAGCCAGUACCAACAAAGAUUGCACGGUAUCAACCUGUAGCCGCAUACAGAAGGGCCAAGCAAGGAAACCUUAAGCAUGAACACUCGGUUCAACAUACCUUGCCCGUCAGCUUAUCUAUUGCUUCAGGAAGUCCUAGGCCUAACAAGUCAGCCUACACCAUUCUGGAUAGUACACCAGUGUCAAGGUUUGAUAUUCCCAUUGCUGAAUCUUCUAUCGUUGCAGACUUCAAAACUUCCAUAGUAGAAACGAUCCCAUUAAGAACCUCAAUGGCCUCAAGUAUGAUAUCACCAUCACCAACAAUAACUAAGAUAUGGGAAUCACUGCAUUCCUCUAAUAACCACGUCAUUACUCCCUCCCUCGUCAGCGUUGAUUUGAAUGUCAAAAAUCUUGGGAGCAAGUCGGAUAUCACAUCACAAGACUUUAGCAAACAAACAUUAAGAGAACAAUUGCAAAUGCAUAAAGAAACCUCAGGACUUGUGUCACAAAGCAGUCAGAACAUGCGUCAACAGUCUAGGAAAGGUAUAAUUAAAACUGGCAUACAACACACAGUUUCAAGUGGAAUUUGGGAAAGUACAUUAGUUAAUAACCUAGCAAGUAGUGCUGCAACAAAUUGGCAUAGCGCAAAAGCAAAAUCCAACAUAUUUCCGGUAAGAGGCAUUCCUAUAACGGGUAUACAGCUCUCAAUCGAGCCAGAUGCAAGUAUCAGGCCUUCCUCUCAAUCCAACAAGAGCAACUUUAAAAACGGCUUACCCAUUCAAACAGCCUCCAUGGAUGCUGAGAAAUCAGGUCCUGAUGACUUAUUCAAGAAUAAUGAAGAGGACAAAAUAGAUUCGUUCCAAAGUGGGGAAUCUGAAGACGGUGAGCCAUCAGAAAGGAAUCCACCCUCGCCCAGGGAAAUACCGGUAACAUAUCCAAGCGAACAGGAAAAGAAUGACAGGAAGUCAGAAAUAGCCCACAGUGAAGAUGAAGCUUCAUCGCUGAUCGAAGUUUCUGGAGGAAAUGAAGAAAGUAUGCUCCAGGCAGACACCGGAAAUAAAGAAAUGCUUGAAGGCAUGGAAAAAGAGCAAUCAACGACGGACUGUAAGUUUUCCAAAGUCUACCACAACGUAACGUUAAGAGGCGGAGAAUCAGCAGGCAAAUUCCAGUUACUACUGGAUACGAAUGACACAAAAACCUGCACCAAGCUCUGCUGUGAACGCGACGAAUGUGAUGUAGCUCUCAUUCUAAGCGACUUCUGUUUCAUGGUAACGUGUCAGAGUCAACAACAGUGCGAUCCUGUUCCUUCCAAGCGUACUGAAUAUAAUGCAAAAAUUAUUGUCCGUCAAAGACAAUUGAAUGACCUCAACUCAGAUGCAAUGGAAAAUCAAGACUACACACCUCGCAAGGAAGAAGAUACCUUUACAAAGCACGUCUCCAAUGUGUUGGGUCAUUCCACUCAUCCGAUGAGCAGAAGUAAAACAGCUGACAAUGAAACCGACUUAACACCCGAUGAAGAAAUGACGUCGAAUGAUACCAUACUCGUGUCCAACGAAACGGAAACGGACUUGUUUGCAAACGAAACGGCUCCAAAGAUUGUCACCAUGACUCGGCCAUUGUUAUUUUCCGACAACGGCAAUUCAAAUCUGGCUUCCAAAUCCGCUAUUACAAGGACCGAUAGCUUGUCAGCUUUAUCAAGUUCGUUUAGACCGUUUCCCGCAAGUUCAGCAGCCGACCACCAAACUAAAGUUUACUUGAAGACUGUCACUAUAGAUGUCUCAGCCAGGGAAACUGUUAGUAGAUUAAAAACCAAAAUGAAAGUUGCAAAAACAUCAGAAGCUAAGUGGAGCAGUACCUUAAGAGUUCAGAGUAGUCAGACCGUCCGCAAGAUUCCUAAGUCAGCAUUAAACGCUCCUGAGAUCUCGACUCAAGCUCAAGCUCGUCUCUCGCCAAAAGUUAAAUGGUCAUCAGCGGAAAAGAAAAACUUGCGGAAGACGAUGGUCCGUGUUACUGAAGAAACUGCACCGAAAAGCUUGCUAAGUGUUGGUCUUGUGCCAGGGCAAAGUCAUUCAUUAUUUUUGAAUCCACUGCAAAAGUCUUCUCCAGGCAUACUGCAGACAAGUCAUGAUGAGUCAAUCAAUACCACAUCGUCAUCAAAAACUUUACCAAGUCACGAAGCAGAUUUUGAAACACACGGUGGUAACAAACAAUCUUUAGUUUCAAGAUCCAAGCUAUCGAUUGCUCCGCAACCAACUAACAGUCCUGUUUUGUCAGCCUCUUCAUUAUUAACUUCAUUUUCGAUCUCUGUAUCCAUAAAACCAAGUAUAGCCAAAUCUAUUUACAGCAUAUCCUCAGUUGACACAGAUAAGAAUAAUGACGAGGAAAAGAUCCAACAUAUUGCCAGCCACAUUGUGGCUGACCCAGUAUUUUUCGAUGUGGUACAAAAACUCAAAAGUUUCUUAGAUGGACAAAAGUUUGAUGGUAAUUCCUUGGAUACAGUGCACAGUAUGGUUAAUGACCUUAAUGGCUUAUUACUGUCGAACAGUAUAUUACCAAGCUCGACUGGAUUCACAUCUUCCUCGAUGAAAACCAUUGGGGAUACGCUUUUUGAUAACUUGCAAAGCAACAUAGAACGCCUCAAGGAUCUAUCUUCAAGUCUAAAGAACAUACAGGAAAAACGACAUGAACAUAAACUCUCGGACAAUAACAUAAGUGGAAGAUCAAAUAUCGCUAAGCCAACAAACGAUACUGAUAAAGAAGCAUUUCGGGAAAUUAGACUUCUCGAAUUAUUCAACGCAAAACUGAAUGAACUGAAGAAACUGGUUUUAGAGAAAUGGUAUGACAGAGCAAUAGCAAAGAACAGUCAAGACACUACAAUGCCAUUCCUACUGCAGUCAUUACCAUUGUCUGCGACCCCAAAACUGAAUAGACAUUCAACCCAAGCCACGACACCAACAGAACGUCUCAUAUUGAGCACCAAUUCAGCCCAUCCAAGUAGACAACAUUCAGAAUCGAAGACUGGCUCUCAAGGGCAAGCUUCGACUUUCCAGGCAUCAGCUCUAGACAAGCUUUCGCAACACAAAGACUUGAAGCAAAACUAUUCCCCGAUCACAAGCAGUACAGUUUUGACCUCACCUUCAAAUGAACCAAAUACUCAUUUUACGAUAGAAAGUAUUAAAGCUAAGCCACAAAUAUCGUACCAGAAAAAGAGUACCACUGGAAUUUCAAGUAGCAACUCUGUUAUUCAGGAAAAUACCAUACACUUGAAGGUUUCACCGCGUCCAAGUCCAAGUCAGCAACAGAGUUCGGUGUCGCUUAAUUCCUCUUCUUUCCAUGAACAAAGCAAAGUGUUUACUCAUGUGACGUUCAGAAGUGGAAUAAAUGCAGGAAUAUUCACGGACAGAGGGAAUGUGAAAAAUAUGACUGACUGUACCACACUCUGCCUUGCGCAGAAGUCCUGUCACGUGGCCUUCUUGGUGGGAAAAACUUGUUAUUCAAUUGAAUGCUACAGUCAAAGGACCUGUGAAAUACUGCCAUUCAACUCAAGUAUUGUGACUACCCAGGUAGUGUACAUGAAGAAAAGACUAUCCAGCCUUCCGUAUCAACUGGGCACUACUGACAAAAAGCUCGAACUCAGCAGUAAAAGAGAAAAUUCAACGGCCGACUCUCUGGCAUGUGCUCAGAAUAUAAGAGUUCUGAAGAAUGUCACAUUCCGGGAAGGAAUACGGGCUGGAAACUUCACGGAUUUUGGUAAAGUGGAUAGCAUAGAGACAUGUUUCAAGCAUUGCUGCUCCAGACAGGACUGCGACGCGGCUUUUAUGGUGCAAAGCAACUGCUUCAUCGUUGAUUGUCUUAAUGAAAAAGGAUGCAGUCCAAUACCAUCUCGCUCUAAAAAGGUGAACACAUCACUUGUCUACUUCGACAAGUCUUUCAAGAGUGCAUUGAUUCCAUUGAAAGAAUUAGAAAUGGGUCGAAAACACAACCAUACAUGUAUAGCCAUUGGAGGCGUUCUUCUUAAUGUUACCUUUAAAGGAGGACUACAAGCAGGGAACUUCACAGAUCAAGGCAAAGUAGAUAACUUUAAUUCUUGUGUAAAAAUCUGCUGCGAAAGUCCAAACUGCGACGCAGCCUUCAUGAUUAAAAGAAAUUGCUUCUCCGUCCAAUGCUCUGUUAAUAAAACCCGAUGUGUCCCAAUACCUAUUAAAACCACGAAAUACAGUACAAGGAUUGCACUCAUGGAACGAUCUGGAGCCGAGACAUUUGAAAAUAAGCCUCAAGAACUUAUAUCAUGUUCGGAAAAACGAGAAGUUAUGACAGGAGUCACUUUUAGUGGUGGUUUCAAAGCUGGGAUCUUCACGGACCACGGAAUAGUAUCAAACAUGAAGGAGUGUAUAAAGACAUGCUGUAGAAAUCCAACUUGCGAUGUUGCCUUUCUUGUCGAUGCCUAUUGCUUUGCGAUACAGUGUCAAUCAAGCAAAAGCCUGUGCCAACCAAUGAUGGCCAAAAAUGCGAAAUACCAAACCUCUAUGGCAUUUGUCCGAAUAAAAGGCGAAAACCCAUUGAAGGAAGAUCGUUUGAAGAGCAUCCUAGAUACGAACUGUCAUGUCAGCCCCGUUCAGUUCAAUGUAAACAUAACAGGCGGAUGGAAAUCAGGUAAAUUUAUAAAGUAUCCAGAUGUGAAGGAUAUCAAGAAGUGCGCCGACAUAUGCUGUGGAUACAAGGGAUGUGAGUCAGCUCUUUUGAUCGGAGGUUUCUGCUACAACCUUGUCUGUUUUAAAGAAAAGAAUUGUCAUUUAAAGCAAUCAAGUAGCGCAUUUAUGGUUCCACAACUCGUGUCUGUCAAGUCUGCAUCCAGUGCCAAUCCACAACUUACAAGUGCUCAAGAAAUAAUUGAAAACCUUGCGAGUGACGUAAAACAGAUACAGCUAUUGAACUCAUCAUUAAAUGAGGCUCCGGGUUCAUCAAGUGCAACCACAUCUUCGCCGCCACCUCCAGUUUCGCAACAAAUAUCGCAUUCCCAAAUCAAUAUCAAACCAACAAUUUAUACAACGCCUUCCUCUGAAGUGAAAAGUAAACUGAUGCCACACGAAAUAAGACUUACAUCUGAACCACAGCCGACAAAAGAAACAGUAAUGGCGCCUAUUUUACAAAGUAUCGUUCAGGAAGUUCUAAAGGGGAUGGACCCUUUAUCAAAACCAAAGGAAAUUUUCUCCUCCAAAACGCAAUACGCAUCUUCGCCUUCUGUGGUGCGAAAAAUUAAUCCAAGUGCUGUAGAAACAGAAAAUCAUAUCAUUUCAAAAUCCCCGACGGGCAACUUUAAAUCAGAGACUUCUUUACUUGAAGGAAAUACCCCGUACCAAGAGGAAUACGUAAUGUUAAACGAAAGUCAGUUCACAAGAGAAAGCAUGAAUAACCAUGAAGUUAAACACAGUUCUAGUACAAUUAUUCCUACCUCGCCCCUACUUGAAUCUUCAAAUCCGGCCAUAAACAAUGUUGUAGUUGAAAUCCUACCAGUUGGGAACAAAAACGAAGAUAAGGGGAUACCGCAGCGAAACCUUUCACUGCCAUCAGCGUCAGUAACCGCAUCAAGCCUUGUGUGGAACUCAAGUGAGAUCAGUCCUACGAUAACAGCAUCGUAUCAGUCAAUAAUACCAAUAAAGGAAAAACAUUACAUGCCUUUAAAUCCAGACGAUCUUCCAGGAACUGGAAAGUGGAAAAUUGAAGAAAUUUCUAACAAUGAUAUUCCAAAGGGGUGUAUGGACAUUGUAUAUCUAACAAAUGCAUCCCUUCGGAUGCCAUUAAAAGUAAAGGAUUUUCAGCUUCAAAAAAGUGCCAAGACAUUUGAAAAGUGUAGAGAAGCUUGCUGUGAAACGCCAGAAUGCAAUGUUGCUAUGUUCAGAGAGAAUUCAUGUUAUUUAGUAGCCUGCUUUGACUCGAAAACAUGCCAUGAUGUCCAUACUGAAGAUCAUUCCAGUAUCGCAUACAUUGCAAGAAAUACGGAUGAAAAACUUCUUUUGAAGCAUUUACUAAAAAGUAUGAAUGCGAAGAGCGACAUGAAAACCAGUAUCCAAGGAGCAAACCAAGCAUGCUUCCCCAGUCCUGUUUUAAGCAACGUUCGUUUUGAACUUGGAAUGGACGCAGGUGACUUCCAACCUAUCGGACAAGUCAACAACACCAAAGACUGCAUCAAGCAUUGCUGCGCUUCUAGUACUUGUAACGCUAUCUUUAUGCUGCGAACUAGGUGCUUCUUAGUAUCAUGUCCUGAUGAAAUCAGAUGCAGGAGUGCCAUAGCGCAGUCGGAGUUUUACACACCGAAGAUUGCUUAUGUUGCACGAACAAAGCAAGAGAAAGACCUGUUUGCAAAAAUGAUACCCGAAUCGUUAUAUGGAGAAACUAAUAUUACAGAGAAGAUUGCUAAAGCUGAUCUCAGCGAAGAAAAUGGAGCGAAGCGUAUAAACAUCGGGCCUCCAGCUCAUAAAGAUACUCAACAAACACCGAUGUCUUUUUUCAAAUCAGAGGUUUCUGGAGGCUUAGACUAUAUGGCAAAAUCGUCUCCAAAAAAAGAAUUGACGUCAUCUGAUAAAUUUCAUAAACAAUUGCUGCAACUAAAGGAGAGUAAAACAGUUUCUGCUGCAAAAAUAGAUAAACACGUACCUCAUGAAGUAAAGGGAUCGAUUGAUGCUCUGUUUGAACUGCUACAAGGGGACCACAGUAGCCACGAAACAACAGUGGACGAAACAGUAACGGAUCAGUCAACGGAAGUAAGCCUUAAGCCACUAAGAGGACUUGCUACUACUACAUCUCGUUUACAUGGUAGUCAAGCCUCAGCUAUUUCCAUAGCAACACCCAUACCCAUGGCAACAGCAACAGCAACACCACUUGCUUUAACUGAACCCUUGUUCUCCAAAUCUACAUUUUCGUCAAAGGACAGAACAGCAAACAUCCAAUCAAGAAAAGUUGUCGUUACUUCUCUGACARAUCAUACUCUUCCUUUAUCCAGUUCAUUAAUCAUUAAAGCGUCGGUCGUCUCCAUAGCAACAUCAGUUACGAUGUCACCAUCGUCUUCUAAGUUGUCAUUAACAUUAUACAGAACAAUCAGUGUUUCAGAGAGAUCCAACACUACUGCUGCAACAAAACUGCCUAUUGUAUCAUCUCGCCAACAUGCAACCAUGGCUUCAAGCGUACUUCCUACAACAAGUUCACCAGCCGCUACCGCAACCUUAUUGUCUAAAAUACAGUUCGCUGUAAAGGACAAAUCAGAAAAACCAAUCAUAAAUGGCCUACUCCCUAUAGAACUCCUAACGCCUUCCCCAAUGUUAUCAGUUCAUAACAAUGAGCUUCCCGUUAGCCAUCCAUCAGAAAAUACGUAUACUGGAAAAACGAAACGGUUAGAGCAAACCUCAAAUGUACGACCCACAGCAGCCACUAAUUCAAUGGAUAACGUACUUCACUCGAUUUCCAUAGUUUUGCAGCCAUCGCCUAUAGCAGUUGCGUCACAGUAUCCCAAAGUUUAUGACAAAAUGGUAGAAUCUGACGGAAAAAGAAGAAAUGGAGUACUAGAAAAAAUAAACCUAUUACCGUCACCGUCAUUGGAAGUGAAGAAAGACAGUAAUUCAGGGAAUGCACGGAUUAAAACAACGCUAGUUGGUGAAGCAAAGAAACAUCAGUCUCCGUCCUUGCUUCUUGAGGCACUUGGUUCCGAUUUAUUUCCACAGUUACCAUAUGAAUUGAGUGAUGACUCGAGUCUGCAUGAGACUUAUACUAGCGUCGAGAAAAGUAAUAGAAAUGCCACCACGAUACCAAAGAGUGAGCCUGACCCUACUUCAACAUCUCAGUAUUCCAUUGUGUUUUAUGGAGGAAAGAAAUCAGAGGAAACAGCAGCUAUAACGACACCAAAGAGUGAGCCAACUUCCACAUCUCGUGUUUCCAGUGUGUUUUAUGGCGGUAAGAAAUCAGAGGAAACAGCAGCUACCAUGACACCAAAGAGAGACGUAACUUCCACUUCUCGUGUUUCUGGCGUGUUUUAUAGCGGAAAGAAAUCAGAGGAAACAGAAGCUACCAUGACACGAAAGAGUGAGGCAACGUCCACUUCUCGUGUUUCCAGGGUGUUCUAUAGCGGAAAGAAAUCAGAAGAAACAGCUGUCAAUAUAUCCCACGGGUUUAGCGAGAGUCCUAAAACAUCGAAGCUUGAGAACGCGGCAAUUACAUCGAAUACAGUGGUUUAUACUUUAGUCCCAUCUCAAAGCCGCACAAUAUAUUCCUCGAAUGCGGUAAACAAUACAUCUAACAGUAAGACAAAAACCAUCCCUGUGGAAAGCGUGUUCUCUAUUUCUGAGCGGCAAGAAUCACAUAAUGAAUAUCCUUCAUCGCCUACAAAGUACUCUAAACUUGAAAGCCAACUUCGAUUCCUGCAAGGCCAACAGAACCAGACUUUAACUUCCCUUAAAAGUGCUCAAAAUCUGAUUGCUUCUCUAAAACUGUAUGUAAAUAGACUCACUGCGAACACCGGAGCAAAUAGCGCUAAUGAUUCAAGUCACCAAGUAUCACAAAUGAAAACUAUGACAAAAGAAAACAAGUAUCAUAURAAAAGAGUGAUGAAGGAAAUAACAAAACGCUUUCCAAAGGUGCCAGUUAUCAAGAAUCUUAAUGAAACUGUUCAGAAACUCGUGAAUAACCAAUCAAAGACUAGAGAAAACUUUCAAUCCUUGAAGUCGAAGUUACUAUCUUUGGAGAGCAUGGUGCUCAAAAAUAUAACAGAAAGAGAAAAGCUAUAUUCAUUAAAAAGCACUCAUUUGUCAGUUUUGAAUGUGGCUAGCUCAAUUGAAUUGGAUGUUGAAAAUAGCAUUCGGGAAUAUUCGUUUAUACAAGGGUCAUCCAUUCAAAUAACAAAGGAACAUCAACAAGGCACCCUCGUUAAAAGCAGUACAAUGGCAGGAUCAAGCGUUGGAGCGCCUACUCAAGUCUUACUUACAGCAACCCCUACAGCUGCAGUUUUGACACAUAAGACAAACAAUAUUGAAGAUUUAAGUUUAAAAGCCGCAUUAAAACAAUUAAAUGGUUCUUCAAAUGAAAGAAAGGAUUCCAAAUCAAAGGUAGUUUCAAUCGGUAGUUUCUUAACACAUCUACUACAAUCCCUCAAGAACGUUUUGCAUGGGAAAAACAACACGGAAUCACAAUCUUCUAUGGCUAGCGUGCAAAAUACACUUGGUACUGAAGCAAAUUCAUUUAGGCAAGCAAUGCUGAAAGAAGAUAUGGCCACAAAAUCAAAAGUAUUGGACAAAUCUGUGCAGUCUGAAAGCGUUAUUGAAAUAGCACCGUCAGCAGUAUUUUAUUCAUCGCAGCGCAGCCCAUCCUCAAUUGAUAACCAUAAAAAAGGUUUCUCGGAAACUACUCCUGUAAAGCCGAGUUCAACUUCAGCGAUGGCACAACAGACAAUGUCAUCAAGUCAUGUACACAAGAACCUAACUGCAACAUCUGGCAGAAAUAUCGCGAUAAAUUUUGCACAAGCCUUGCAGCCCAUCAGCCAAUUAAGCAUCACUUACACGGGGGAAAACAGGGUUAGUCUGUGUAGCCAUUCAAGCACUGACUUUACAUCUACUCUGCGCGGAGGAAUCAAGGCCGGGGAUUUUAAGAACGUGGGGCAAGUAGCCAGUGACAUGGACUGCGUGAACAAGUGCUGCGAUUCUAAAGACUGUGAUACGGUAUUUCUUUUGAUGGACAAUUGUUAUCUUGUUUCAUGCUAUAGCGAACAACUCUGCAAAAGCAUACCUGCGUUGAAUCCUAGUUUAAAGCCAAGAGUUAUACAUGUCGAGAGAUYUCUCUUAAAAUCAGAUGGGCUAAAUAAACUCGCCAGUAAGAUAAGCCCUGCAACUGCAGUAAAAAACGAUAAAGAGCUUGAGCACUCGACUACCGCAAAGGAAUCGAGCAUUGGUGCAUCAAGCCCCAGGCGAGUCAAGAUAGCCAUAACUAAAGUAAAUUUACAAGAAAGCAUUUCUGUGGCUCCCAAUACUGAAGGUCCAGUCUGCACCUCCUCGCUCAAGUACAACGUAACGGUGCGUGGUGGUAUCCACUCGGGUUUCUUCAAAGAUCUAGGAACGGUAUCAAGUAUGAACAAGUGCAUCGACCAAUGCUGUAAGUGGGAAUUCUGCAGUCUCUCAUUCAUGAUACUAAACCGAUGCUAUUUGGUUGCUUGCUAUAGUGACAAGCAGUGCGAGCCUGUUCAAGCGAGGAACGUUUCUCUAAAUCCAAGAAUUGCAUUUGUCAAGAAAAAUAAGGAUAUACUGAUACCACAGGGAAUCCAUGAGCUAGAAACAUCUUCACAGGUUUCACCCCAACAUACUUCUGUAAAAAGUGUAUUGCCCUCAAGAAUGCAUCUGCAUGAAGACUUGUCCUCAAUAAUACAGCCAAUGGCAAAGCCUCAGCGUCAGGACGCCAAGUGUCAUCCUGAGAAAGUACAACAUGACUCAACGUUGUUAGGAGGAAUCGACGCUGGUGCUUUCGAAGACGUUGGAAAUGUAGCCAAUAUCACAGAGUGUAUUAACCUCUGCUGCCUAAAAGAUAACUGCGAUGUUGCCUUCAUGGUGCUAAGUCGUUGCUUUUUGGUAACCUGCUAUGGGCCUUUGCUGUGCAAGACCGCUCCAUCCAAGACGAAACGGUUCAACACACGUCUUGUACACGUUACCAGGCGACCAUAUGAUGGCGAAGGGAUCGACCAAAUCAUGUCUAAGGCAUUACAACCUUYAUUAGCAAAAAGCUUUGAAAAAACCCAGAUUCAAACGGAAGGGUUUAAGAAAUACGAUAUUCCAGAUUUCGUCACUUCAGUAGCUGUUAAAAUUCAAUCUUCAGAUUCCUACAGUUACAAAGCACACGAAGGCACGCGAUCACCUUCUGUAGCACCUGCAUCACCUGUUCCAUAUUUACCAACAUCUUCUCUCGAAACAAAAAAUAAACAGGGUACUUUUUCAGUGAUCCAAACCUCAAGUAUGUCAACAUUAACUGAGAAAAGCAAAAUACUUGUCGAUCGCUCGCGUCAUUCCUCCUAUGGGAAGAUUACACCAUCUAAGAGUGAAAAUGUUUCACUAGAUUUUUUCAAAGGCGAGAUUAAUGGCGCUGAGAAGAAAGUAAAAGAUGAGAAGAAGGAUGAUCCUUCUGAAAACCCAACCUGCACAAGCUCAAAAAUUUAUACCAAUUCUACUGUCAGAGGAGGUGUCCGUGCAGGUCUCAUUAAAGAUCAAGGAAUCGUGAAAGACAUGAAAGCAUGUGUCCGUCGUUGCUGUCAGUGGCAGACGUGCAGUGUUGCGUUUAUGAUUUUAUCUCAAUGUUAUAUCAUCGCUUGCAAUGACAAGCAUGCAUGCUCUCCUGUUCCUGCAAGAAAUGUCUCGUUCAAUCCGAGAUUAGCUUCGAUAACAAGAGAAAAAAGACGGGAUAUCAAUCUUCUUGAUGCGCUUCAACCGUGUGAUGUUUCGCUAGCUUCAAAACUGCCAACACCUAGUUUACUGAACACAUUUCCAACGGCCUUCGUUUCUUCAUCAAAGCAUUUAGCUUUGUCAUCACUGGCGUUUUCUCUCUCAACAUUUUCUCCGACCUCUACUUCUUCAUUACACAACUUAGCUUCACAAUCAAUAAUUUCUCCUCCGGUGAUAACACCGACCCCCAAAUCAUCAUCAAAAGAGUCGAGUUCCUCGUCAGCUUUGAAAAUGAAUGGACCAGCUACUUAUUCGUCUGUCUCGCAUAAAAGCACUACCGUUCCUAACCCGCGUAAUUCUUCAGCAAAGCCUGUCAGGAUUGUCGAAAAUGAAACAUUUCCUGACAAAAAGAACUCAGAGUUUUGCAACCAUGGUAAAGUACAAAUAAACGUUACUUUUAAGAACGGUUUUAAAGCCGGGAAGUUUAAGGACAAAGGAUAUGUAUCAAGCAUCGAAAAGUGUGCGGACUUAUGCUGCGCUUCGAGUCACUGUGAUGUAGCUUUUAUGCUACUCGAAGACUGCUUUCUUGUUCAAUGUCAAAGUCAAGAGGCUUGUAUUUCAGUGCCUGCACGAACACUCAAGUAUAACCCAAGGCUGAUUUAUGUUUCGAGAAAAAGACAAAAUAAAAAGUCUAAGACUCCCGAGCUCUCAGGUAUGACGUUACUAGACAAUGCAUUACCAGUCAUGGAGUAUGAUAAUUCAAAAAUAUUAUCACCUAGCCCCUCAGUUAUUGGCAAACACGAAUCAAAAAAGAACAAUGGAAAACUAAAACAACCAAAUGAUCAAGAUGCGUUGGAAUCAUCGAGCAGUGUCCUUGAAAAUAUGGACGAACUUUCCAUUCCCUUGCUCAAUGCAAUAGAACCAGCAAUAGUGAAACACGAUUCCAAUACAAAUGCAUUUAUACACUCAGUCUCAAAAACAAGUUUAACACAAUUUAUCCCAUCAUCAAGAAUUCAAGUUAAUGUCAAAACAUCCAUCAAUCCAACUCCAUCGUCUUCACAAGUUGAUACUACGAGAAACUUCACAGAUGCAGCCCAACUAAUGAGUGCGUCUCCAUCUUCACUUUCCCUGAAUGUAAAGGAUCUUAGUAUCCAUAAUUCCAACAUUGGUGCAACAACAAUUUUACCAACGCAAGACCACCUGUCAAGUACCAGAAUAAAAAAUAAUCAACAAAAAACUUUACUGUCAACAAAAAGUGCGACGACUCCUAAGAACGAAAAGAACAAGUCACGUAGUUCGUCGGAAAGCUUACCUCCGGUAUUUUCUUCAUCACCGUCAGUACAAGAAAGUACGGAAAAAUUAGAUAAAACAAAAGACAGGGCCACUCCAUCGCUCGUCAAAAGCAGUGUUAGUAUGAACAAGCUGCCAAUAGAGUCAAGCAACGCGCUGAUUGCAUCAGACAUAAAUGGCCAUGGUGUUUCAGCAGCAUUAAAGGAGAUGUCGAAUUCUGGGCUAGAAUCGACUUCAGCGGGAGAUAGAACUUUAAUCCAGCCUCUCCCCUCCCCUUGUUUCAAUAGCCCAAUCUCUUACAAUGUUACGCUACGUUCAGGUAUUAGAGCGGGCUAUUUUAAAGACCAGGGGAGGGUUGAGAGUAUGGACACUUGCCUUGCUAAAUGCUGCUCGAGUAAAAAAUGUGACGUUGCUUUUAUGCUUAAGAAGAACUGCUAUUUAGUGCAAUGUUAUUCGAAAAGGUCUUGCGAGCCAGUACCAACUCAUCACAGCGAGUUUUCAACGCAGGUGUCCUUUGUGCAAAGAAAGAAUGAGUCCCAACUUUUGUCGUUUAUUGAAGAGCAGGAAAAAUACUCUGCUGCCGCUUCGGAUACGACGGACACUACAUCAGAUAAAAGCACAGCCAGCAUAAAGCCCAAGCAUACAGAGUCAAGCUCUUCAGUCCUCCCCGCGCAAUCUAUUACGCCAACAAAAAAACCACCAGCCAUUGUGGAUGCAACAGUUCUUGUAAGGCAAAAUGAGCAAACUAACAGUAGCAAGACCCUUUCUAACAAGUUGAAGUCUUCGAAGCAUAGAAUCCCAACAUCCGAAAAGUCCCCAGACUUGCAGCUAGAGAAGCAUAGACAAGGUACUAAAACGACACCCAAACCAAAACGGCAUCGUUCAAGUUUGAAUGGAACAAGGUUGUCUAAAGGGCAGUUGAAGCUAUUAUUUUCACUAAUGACCCCGAAACACCAGGAGAAACAUGAGCGACCAACUGACAGUUUGACUUCAUCAGACCUUGAGAAAGUUCUGGCGAAAACAUUAAAAGUGGAGCCAAAACCCGUUAUACCAACACAGAGACUUAGUGUUCCAAGACAAGAAAUUGCAUCAAGACCAACUGUAGCGACAUCGUUUGAAAAGCAAGGCUCUAAAAGAAGCAAAAAAAGAAAUCUCAAUAGUUCUGAAAAAAUUUCUAGUGAACUUCAGUCUGUAACUGAGUUCCUACCAUUUGGUGAAGAAGAAAACAACGUAAAAGCCACUCCUAAAAAGUUAUAUCCUACCGCGUAUCCUAAAGACGUCACCACAUUGUCUCCAAUUGGUAAACAAGAAAAUAAAGAAAAAAACACUCAUAAACUGAUAUAUCCUACCACAAAUCCUAAAGACGUCACCACAUUGUCUCCAAUUGGUAAACAAGAAAUUAAAGAAAAAAACACUCAU